AUUCCUAUCCGAUUCACACGGAGAGCUACCGUCGCGCAGCGCACACUGCCGCCGCUCCAUGGCACCAUGACACAGGUCGGGAAGGAGUCUGCGCUGUAGAACGUGAGCGUGCCACCGCGGGAGCCGUGACGUCACUCCUCGGAGCACGCAUGUUAUCUCCAGCUGGGUGAGACGCGCGGGGUAAUGUUUGUUAGGGGGAGCAAGGAAGGAGAAGACGGGGAAUCCGAGCGACGACGAUCACUUUUCUUCUCCAUCUCUGCAAGACUGGAAGAGGUAAUAUCCCCGCGAAGGAAGCAUGGCGGUUAGGCAGAUAAGCAGCCCACGCUGGAGACCUUCCUAAAGAUCUUGUCACUGUCAUGGCUGCAACCGAAAACCAGGCCCUCAUGGUGCUUAAAGAAGAGGGGGCAACUGCGCCAGCUGCAGUGCCCUCCACAGCGACUCCCUUAGCGUUCUUUGUUAUUCUCAAACCAGGACAUGCCAGUGAGGGUGGACAGGACCAGGGAAUUCUGGUGACUAAUCACGAAGCUAAUUUGGCAACAGCCUCUUCCCAGUCUGCUCCAGUUGUGGGUCUACCUCCAUACAUCCCUAGCCAUUCUUUGGUUUCCUGCACCACCAGGUCUGAUGAGCAGCCGGAGAACUUACCCCCUGAAAGCACCUGUAAGGGUGUAAAAGUCACACUGGACAAUAACAACAUGUGGAAUGAGUUUUAUCGCUGUAAAACUGAAAUGAUACUGACCAAACAGGGUCGUCGAAUGUUCCCUUAUUGUCGCUUCCGCAUUUCCGGUAUGGAGCCUUUUCAGAGGUACAUUCUGGUAAUGGACAUUGCUCCUAUGGACAACCACCGCUAUAAGUGGACUGGGCGACAGUGGGAACCCAAUGGCAAGGCUGAGCCACAUGUACUGGGUCGGGUUUUCAUCCACCCAGAGUCUCCCUCAUUAGGCCACUACUGGAUGCAGAACCCAGUGUCCUUCUAUAAGCUGAAGGUUACCAACAAUACUUUAGACCAGGAGGGUCAUGUGAUCUUACACUCCAUGCACCGAUAUCUGCCCCGGUUGCAUGUCGUGCCUGCUGACAAGGCCACAGAGGUUAUUCAGCUCAAUGGACCUGAUGUCAUGACCUUCACCUUCCCUCAAACUGAGUUCUUUGCUGUCACUGCCUACCAGAAUCUGCGUAUUACUCAGUUAAAGAUUGACUACAACCCCUUUGCUAAAGGGUUCCGUGAGGAUGGCCCAGUUGGAAAAGCCAAGCUUGACCUUUCAGAUCCAAGCUUGGAGCUGUCUGGGUCCACAGUUGGCAGUGAAGAGAAAUUUCUGAAGAAGAGCCAGGAGUCACCUGUUGAAAACAGUGGAGAUAUUGACUCCUAUGUUAUAGAUAAGGAGCUUGUCCAAAUGAAAGAUUAUGGAAAUGGCUUUCUUGGUAAUGGCAUCUCUGCUGUAAAGGCGAUACCUACAGACCUCCGCAGUAAAAAACGUUCCUGGCCCUUCACUUCUUCUGAUGCUGUGCAGGAGUCCAAGUCAAAAGUGAGGAGAAGUUUACCAGAGAAGAGUAGCAGAAGUGUCACCACUGAGCAAACAGAGCUUGAUAACAUUACUAAGGAGGAGCAGCAGGGCCUGGAAUUUGCCACUGACUACAUUUUUCAGCAUCCUCCAAUGAAUAUAUGUGCUAUGGUCCCUGACAAGGCUACAGGGACCGUGAGCGUUUCCUCCGACCCAUCAAAGGAAAACCGCUUGGCCUCAAAAGAGAAUAGCCAAGAGCACAGCAUUUCUGACAGCUUGCUUCAGCCAGGUGAACUAGCUACAAAACAAGCACGUGCCAUUCCGUGGCCCCAGAUUGCCCAGUUUCUCAGAGAGCAAAAGUAUAAACCACGGCCCAUUAAGCCCAAACCAGUGGACAGUUCCUUCAGUUUGCCAGCAGCUGCAACAAGUCCAUCAUCUUUUACUUCUCCUCCAGUGACACCAGACUCAAAAUCACUGAUAAUUUCCACAAAAACAUCAUUGCCUCUCUCCAAAGGAUCGGAGAACCGUGGAAACAAUGAAAAAUCCUUCUCUCAGGUUACUUUGGAAGCUCCGCCCACUCAGUCAUCAUGUAGACCUCUCAGUACAGCCCAGGCUGCAAUGCAGCAGUCUUCCCUAGGGAAGAAGAAGCGAAAAUAUACACCAAGAUCUCGAAAGCAUGGGAAGCUCAUGAAGAAAUCUGAGACUGACGUACCAGUGGUGGUCGGUGGUCCCACGGAUGUCAGCAUGCAGCCAAACCUUGAGGAUGUAGAGGGCUUGUUGUUUGUGUCCUUCACCUCUAAGGAAGCAUUGGAGAUUCACCUUGGCGACCAGCCUCUCAACAGGGAGUCUUUACCUCAGCCUCAGGAAGAAAAAGUUCCUGAAACUAUGCAAGAGAAAAUUGCACGUCUGGAACUGGUCCUUCUGCAGGACCUGAAACGCAUUAAAUACAGACAAGUGAUCCACCCUGUGCUGCAAGAAGUUGGGCUGAAGUUGAACCUUCUGGACCCCACCCUGGCUAUUGAUCUGCAGUAUCUUGGUGUGUCUUUGCCUUUGCCUUCCCCAUCUUUAUGUCUUGGAGAUGAUGGGAACUCUGGAGUGUUUACCUUGUCUGGAGAUGGAGCCGUUCCCUUCAUUUCAAGGACUGGGAAAACAACCGACUUUACAAAGAUCAAAGGAUGGCGGGACAAGUUUAACAUCAGCACAGAUGCAUCAUCUUCCAAGUCUGAAGGUGUGGGAGCCCCGGAUGGAGCUCUGAAAAACCGUUCAGCCUUCUGUAGUGACAUGUUAGAUGAAUAUCUGGCCAACGAGGGCAAACUGAUUGACGAGCGGGCUGCCAGCUUCUCGCAGAGCGCUGUGUCACCUGUGGUAUACCAGCUUCCCACCAAGAGCACGAGCUACGUGCGUACCCUGGACAGUGUGCUGAAAAAGCAGGCCUAUGGACCUGUGCUCCCCAAACUACCUUUGAAGCCCAUUUCCCCACCCAAGAAGCCCAGGGUGUCCUCCAAGCCCAAAGCAUCUCAAAAAACCAAGCAGUCCACUGGACGGGGCAAAUCAAAGCCUGCAGUGGCAAAGAGGCCCACCACAGAAACUUCUCCCGGUAUCUCAAGUCACUCUGUGUCUGCUUCCCACAGUACUAAGCUUUCUGCAAAGACCAAGAUGGUUCCCAAAACACCACAAGCUCCCUCGCAAAAGCUACAGGAGGAUGUGCUCAUUCCUGAAGCCUCCUUAGUGAACCAGCUGAAGUGCGUGUCAGGAACUCUCCCCGAUAAGGUGCACAUGUGUCAAGACUCCACUCUGAUAAGCCAGGGUGCUGCUGGGCGGAAUCCUGGAAUCUCGAAGAUGUUGGUCAAAUUGAUGGAACUGGAGGAUGGGGCUGUGUGGGAGGGCAAAGGUCGCACGUGCAUCACAGAGGAGAGGGCAGCAAUUGCUCUAGCCUCACUUCUUACUGCUCAGGGCUCAUUGAAGGCCAACAAAAGCACAAACAGAGUCAUUAAGCGCCGUGCUCCACCCUGCCUCAACGACUUCUGUCGGUUGGGCUGUGUGUGUGCCAGUUUGGCCCAGGAGUGCCGACGGUUCACUCACUGUGGCAAGCCUGAGUGCAUGUUUGGCUGCACCUGCCUGAAGCGUAAGGUCAUCCUUAUCAAAACAGUGCCCAGGAAGAAGAAACAUGACCGGGAGGAUCUUAUAUUUUAUGGAGCACUAGGAAAUGAGCCCCCUUCCAAGUUGAAGAAAAAGAAGAAGAAAAGAAUGGCAUACUCUAUUUCGGAACCUGAGUCAGAAUCGGAACCCGUGGCUCCUGUGAAAACUCUCUGGAAAUUUAAGGAAGGGGAAGUUGACCCAGAGCCCUUGUUUGCACCAACACCAGUCUACUUCCCUUUGGCCCAGCCUAUGGUUCGCCAGGACUCCACAUCCUUCAGCCAAGUGAGAGACUGUGUGCUUACAACUGUAAAAAGUGUACAAGAGGAGGAUAAGGACCCAGUCUACCGGUAUUUUGAGAGCAUGAUGACUUGUGCUCGGGUGCGCCCGUUCAGUGGGAAACCUCUAGAACAGCCAACAAUCUUGUCCUGCAAGUCAGUGACCAAAGUCAAGGAAGAAGAUCUUAGUGAUUUGAACCCAAUGCCAGAUCCCUCUGCAAGAAACGUUGAGAAAAAGACGGAGCAGUCCUUGCAGACCCCAACAAAUUCUGAGCCAUCCAAGCGCUUGGAGAUCAUGUCUGAGUGUAAAUGGGAAAAAAAAUCAGACCGGAACCAGGUCCUGCGAGUGCUAUGUGAGCAUAUGGCUCAGAACAGGCUAACCCAUCCAUUUCGAGUUGGGUCUUACCUCAUCAAACCAAUUUCUCAAACCUACGAAAAGGAGGAUCUGGGCAUCUGUGUCACCUACAAGGUAUGCAUAUCCCAGCCAUUGGCAGCUGACAGGAAUGGGGAGGAAGCAGUGGAAGAACAUGAAUUGCAGGAGGAAAAGAACAAAGUAGUCAGAGAGGAGGGCGAAGAACAGGCAGCUGUAGCAAGAAGAAAAGUUCUGCCAUUCUUUACACACAUCUCCCCUGCUGGUUUCCUCACUGCCAACAAGAAGCAGCCAGGAGUGCCUGCCCAAGGUCUAAUCAAGGUCAAUGGUAAAUUUUAUCCACAGGCCAAGCUGCAGCUUGGCCAGAUGGGAGCACUGCACCCAGCCAAUAGGCUGGCAGCGUACAUUACUGGCAGACUCAGCCAGACCAGUCAGGAAGUUGCUUCUGACAAGUUGAAACUACUCAAGUGUCCCUCUUCGAGUGACUCCGGCGACUCCAGCUCCACUUGUUUGGACCAGUCGGUUGAUUCCAGCGUCAUGACCAACAGCACCAUCAGCAGUCCCAGUUCUGCAAUUAGCACAGUUCUCAAGCACCUGGUGGCCAAGCCCACAGUGGGAAAGGUCUUCACUCAGUUUGUGGUGAACAAGAACAGCUGCCUUCAGCAAAAGCUCCCUCUUGUUAGCAUUCCGCAGUUGGUGGGCACUGUCCAGAAAGUUGCAUUGUCUUCCAACCCUGUGUUGGUAGUUGGUCCUUCCCUUUCCUAUCGAAACUCUCAGAAGUUUGAGGCUACAGCCUCCACAGUGACACCUCCAAAGAAGCUUCCCAGGGAUGCUGGUAGUGUCCAGGUCCAGGAGCUCCCCUCCUCUAAUAGCAGUAGUGCUCUCUCUACCUCCUACUCCAUCUCCGGCACAGAUGAGAACACUCUUCCCAAAGCUGCUGUUCUCUCAUCUCCUGGCAAGACCACCUCUGGACCCCGUAUGCUUUUAAUCCCCAUCUCGCAGGCCAACCCCAUGGUUCGCCCAGGGGCUCCCUCUAUGUCAUCUCUCGCUUCAGGCCAAAGGAUGGUUUUACAGCCUGUACGCAGCACUUCGGGUGCCACACUUUACCGCCACCCCAAUGGGCAGUUGGUUCAACUGGUGCCCCUCAGCCAGUUGCGUGCUGCUCAGCCCAACUUUGUCAUUCGGAGCCCAGGCACUGUUGUCCGCUUGCCUACGCCCUCAACUGUAGUGUCAAACCCGGCCCUUUCCCCCACCUCAGCUCCAUCAGUCAGCACUGUCUCUGUUAAUGAAGCCACUGCCUGUUCCACACCUUCCACUCCUGUUCUCACCAAGUCCCCAGAGAGCAGUACUUCUGGCAGCAAUGCCUCUGUUAGAGAUUCCUCACCCACCAGUCUGCAGAACUCCACAGUAGUCACUAAAUCUACCACAACCACCUUGGCUACAUCACCUACUUCUGUGGCUUCUCUCUCGGGAGCCACAGCCUUUACUGUUAAUAGCCUUUCGACCUCCUUAAAAACACUCCCUGGUUUUCUUGGUCAGACUGGCACCUAUACGUUAAGAAUCUCUCCAGGUACCAAGGAAUCGAAGGUUAUUACUUUGAAUCCAGCAGGAUCAGUUCCAGGAUCUUCUGAGGUUCUCUCUGUGCCAAGUGGUUUCACCUUGCUUCAGAUUCCAAAAUCUUCAGUUGUGACCAAACCAGUGGUCAGCCAAAUUGUUUAUACUCCAGCAAAAGGAGAUGUUGUCAAAGCACCACCAAAAGAUAACUCCAGUGCUGAUGCGUCUUGCCAUGAUACCAAGGCUUCAUUGACUUCCAAGAAGAUAGACUCCACCCAGGAAGUGACUGCAGGAGGAGCGGUCUGCUCUGACCACUCCUACACAAGUGGCCGAGAACCUUUGGUUGACUCGAAGGCUGAUGUUACUGUUAUUACUUGCAGUCACCCAACAACACCAAUCACCAGCCCUAUUUUUAGCAGUUUAAAACAUCCUUCUCCUGUCACAAGUCCACUGUUGAAGACACCCGAGGUCAUGAUAGCUUCUGGUUCGCCAGUCCUUUCUCAUGUAGCCUCCAGUGAGGACAGUGAAGCCGAACCACUUCUAGGCAAUGUGAUUACCAGGCCACUGUGGAAGGCUCCUGAGACCCCCAGGUUGGGAAAGAAAUGUCACCUGGAAGAGGGUGAGAUAGAGGGAGAGGGUGAUCUAACAGUGCCAGGGGAAUCAGAUGAUUUAUCGGAUGACUCUGACGAUGACUCUGAAGAUGACACUAUUAGUGGAAUUGCGGAGCCAGAGGAAAGUGAGAAUGAGUCUGUGGACAUUGAGACCAUCGAGGAGCUUUCAGAGAAAAUCAGCAUUGCUUGUAUGAAGGCUGUUGCUAUGCAGAAAAAGUUAGAAAAAGUACACCUUAUGGAUGAAGCAAAGAGAACUGCUGAACAAACCCCAAGUUGUCAAGGGAAGCAACAGGAAAGUCAAAAGAAGCAAAAAGAGAAGACGCAAGAGGAAGUACCCAACAUCGCAGGCCGUAUGCACCACAAUGUGACUGAGCGACGGCGACGUAAUGAGCUCCGUGAGCUCUUUGAGAAGCUUAGACAGGUGCUAGGUCAUCAGCACCUAGCCAAAGCCUCCAAGUGUGCCAUACUGGAAGAGGCCAAGAAUGAAAUCCAGGCCUUGGUGGAGCAGAAUGACCUCCUGGAGGAGAAGAAGAAGCUACUGAACCGUCAAAGAGCUACUUACAUCAGGAAGAUCUCACAGACAUCUGGAAAGACUGAGGAACUUAUCAUCAGGAAGCUACAGGAUAUCUGCACCAAACAAAAGAUGUUGGAGGCACAAAGGAGAAAGAAGAGCAGUGUUUCUGUAACCCCAAAAUCUGUGGAGGUGCUAGCUUCAAAGCCAGGAGCAACUGAGGACAGCCUUGUUAAAUCCAGCGUGCCAGCAGGGAGACCCAACAUCCUGUCUCGGAGAAAAGUCCCAGCUCCUGAGUCUACUGCUUUGCCGCUGGUAGGUCUUGAGUCUCUGGCCGCUGCUCUCAACGCAGUGAAAUCGAACCAGGAGACUAUAGCUAUGAGGGGUCAACUGCAGCCUGUCACCACAGUCCCACAGCCUGAGAAGAGUGCUGGAAUCAGAGGGGGGCCUUCCCCUGUCCCUGGUGUGGCCUCGGUUACAAUUAACGUCCCAGGAAUGUCGCUUCCAAUUCAGGUCAAGAGUCCCCUUCCAGAUGUUGCUCUUUCAGUGUCAAGUCAGGCACCCAAAGCUUUGCCAGUGACGACUGGCACAGAAGCCAGGAAAAACAUGAAAAUAUCUAAUAUGCUAAGCGUCAGGUCACUGGUACAUAAUUCACAAAGAGAGGAGAAAGUGGAUUGUUGUGGCUCUGAAAACUCCACAGUUACGAGAUGCCUGGAAGGUGAUGCUGAGAGAACCUCCCAUGAGGAGAGGGAUCUGGAGGAUGGGGAAGUGCUGGGAGACCAGCUGACCUGUGAUGGACAAGUGGAGCCCACGAAGCACUCAGGGGUGAAGUGUGUAGAUGGUGUUUCUAGCCAAGAAGAGGAUGAUGAUGAUGAUGACGAUGAUGAUGGUGAUGAUGACGACGACACAGAAGAUGAAACUCUUAUGUCAUUGUUGAAUGAGAUUGUUUUCCUCAACCAGCAGUUGAACAGUGAGGAUUCACCUUCAAAGGUCACCCAGGCACACUUUUCCUACAAGCCUCUGAAAAAAGCAGAGAGACUUGAAGUGCCUGGGGAGGGGGUGUCAAAGUCCAAGAAGGUGGAGCAGGCCAGGGAGUGCAGCAAGGACAAAGAACAGUCACUUAAGCCCCUUUUUGUCCAGAAGAACGAGGACUUGGUGAUGCUGAAAGAUGUGCUAGUUAAGGACAAUUUUGAGGCAGAAGGAGCAGAUUUGCUCAGGGUCGUUUGUGGACUGGGAAAGAAGCAUGAACGGGAAGCUUUCGAUGCCACUGUGGCCAACGGCUUCGGACAGCAAAGCCUUCCCAGCCCUGCUAAGGGAGGGGCCCUGACUCCGCCCCCUCUGCUACAGAUGAAAGCUGGGAAGGGUGCGCUGUUGAUAGAGUCAAAGGCCGGAGACGCUGACAGUUGUGGCAAGGUGUCCUGGAGGCCCAUGCCUAGGCUAGCCCCGCUCGGACUGAAACCAGGCGGUCUGCCCACAGAUGUUGCAAUAAGUAGAGCUAAAGCCUCCAAAACACCUCAGAACCAGAAUACAGAUGGCAUGCAAAAGAGUUCCUCAUAGUCUUCCUUGGAUAUAGGCAAACCAAUCAGGGAAAACUAGUCAAACUUGUACGUGAAUGUUUUCUCACUCAUUCGAUGUAUGUAUGUUCCCUUCCCCCAUUAUGCACCACCCAACGUGCCUAACAAAUCCAAAUGCGAAUGUUUAUUUCAAUAAUGGAACAGUUCGGAAUGUGUCUCCUGCUGUUGUGCUGUGCUGGUAGUUUUUACUCCUCCAGUUUGCAGUGAAGGGGGAAUAAAGUAAAGCCAGAUGUUACACACAAGGCUGAGAUGUUUAGACACCGAAUUAGUAGGCUGUAGAUUAUGAAUAUAAGAAUGUGUGUUCACAUACAAAAAAUGUAGUGUAUUACUGUACCCUUGCAUGUAUUGAUAUCAAGGCUUUUUCCUCAUAUUGGAGGGGUUGUUACUUUUAACAUGGUUAUGUUAAGAGCAGAGCAGCAACUUGAAAUAAUAUAUUUGUUAAGAUGUAUAAAUAAUGAUACAUUUUCUUUAAGUCUUGUAAUUAUAAUAUUAUAUCAGCCAAAUGACAGAUAAUAAUCUUUUUUGACAGUUAAAUGAAUUAGUGAAGUGGUGUCAAAUGCCACUGACUCCUUAAAGACAUGCAAAUUCACUUUUUUAUGAACUGCAUAGUUCAGAUUAUUUGUAUGAUAGUGGACAAUUUUUUCACCUUACAGCCUGAGUAUACUAGUGGUAACAUUUUGACCACGUAAGUUUCAAGGCAGAAAUGACCUUUAUACAUAUUUUGCUAUUUCCAGCCAGUGUUGGUAAUGGUGCAGAACGGCACUGCAACUUUUAACUGUUGCAGUGAAAUGUGCUCUUUGAAAUCUGUGUGUUUUUUUUGAUGUGUAGGUUUUUUAAAUAAAUGUUGACACACUGUAACCCUGUAAAACCGUGUUUGUGAAAUACUCCAGAGGAACUGAUGUUAAAGCUGAUUUCACCCCAUGCGAUUUACAAGGUAAUUGUUGUACACCUUUUAAUCCCCAAAAUCCCAGUUCCACUCCUGGGUAAACACUGAGUUUUCAUAUAACAAAUCUUUUGUCCAGUUUGAAACAAUAGGAAAAUCUGGGCAAAAACAUACGACUAGCAGAAGAGGUAACCAGCUUUGUCAUAGACUAGCAGCUUCUAACAAUGAAAUGUAAUUCCACAGUUUGAGAACGGUAAUGUUGCCAAUAAAUAACAUUUUAAUCACUCUUCUUAAUGACUUCUCGAUGGAUGUCAUCACAAUAUAACUACAUUCUAGACUAAGGUUGUACCCCAGAUAGUUUUAUAAGGCCUAUACAUAUCGUAAACUAUAGUUUACCACUUGUGUUUUGCACUACCCCAAAAAUAGACAAUGUUUUCUGAUGUCUGGCUAUUUUUUCUUCACAUGGGCCAUCACUUGAAAUGAAAUCUUUUACAUGCGGAGGCUCUUGCUGCAUUAAACAGAAAUUCUAACUUGAUGUCCAGGACAUGUUAA